AUGGACGUCUGGUACAUUGACGCUGAUAGCACCAACGAUAGCGAACCUUUCACCGAGUAUUCCAUCGUGUAUACAUCAACGAUAACAUUCUCUGGAAACCGCAGUGAUUACACGCCACCCUACCCUACUAUCAGUACACCCAACAUUUGCGACCCAGAGGCUCCAAGCCCAUCAUUCUCAAAGAUUGAUCCAUCUCAUGGCUCCGAGGAGUCUGGAGCAUUCCCAUUGCCAGGCUCUGAAUUAACUAAGGAGCCCCCUCAAGCUUGCUUACCAGGGAAACCUUGUACUUCAGAAAAGCCCCCAGGUUGGUCGGUUCCAACAGCCGUUCCUGGAGUGCCAGGUUUAACUAUGUCAAGCUCGAGAAUGACUGUGACAUUUAUAACGACUGACAAGAACCCGGCGGUGGUAUUCCCCACAGAGCCGCCGCCGCACUUCGACCGACCGACUGGUGUAGGAGGUCUUCCUAUGAGUAACAAACAACUGCCGCGGCCCUCCAAAGCGCCAGGCUCAAAUCACCCAAAUUCUCCGGGGGGGCACGGAAAGUCGAGUCCUAAGUCGGGUCCUAAGUCGGGUCCUAAGUCGGGUCCACAACCUGACGUGAAGCCGCGACCUCCGGCAGAAUCUGGACCGAGGCCAACGUCAGGACCGCAGCCAAAACUCGAGCCACAAGGGGGUCCACAGCCCCAAUCACAGCCUGACACCGAACCUGGACCUCCUAGGAAGUUUCUUGUGACUGCCAGAGGCCAGGAAGUCAUUGUCAAUGACCGGACCUUUUCCAGUCUCAGAGCAGAUCAAACAACAACAGUCACUGUCGAUUAUGGAACAUUCACCAUCCGCCCAACAGAAGUGGUUGGUGAAGGAGCAACAGUCAGGAAACCGCAGCCUGUCGGUACUGUGAUUUCCGUUGUCAGCCCUACAAGUGCGACUAUCGGAAAGAUAUCUGUUACUGUUUCGGGCACGGAAGCUAUCGUGGGCGGCACGAGGCUCAAAAUUCCUCUUAUGGGCACGACCACAAGGCUAAAGGUUCCUGUCGUCGGAUCAAAUACUAUUAUGGAGGACCGACAAGUGUCCAUUGCGCCUGGUGGAGUGGUUGUUGAUGAUGAAACACUCACAUACCAUGGGGUUGGGGGCCCUCAGACAGACGUGAUCAUUGAAGGUGGUGAGAUGGUCACUGCAAUUGGAAAAUCUGUGUUUGUCUUUCACUCUACGACCCUGAUAUAUGGAACUGGCACCCCCGUGACAACGGAAACAAUCGAUGACGAUACUAUCACUGUUGGACCAAAAGGUAUUGUUGUUGAUGGAACAACUCUAGGCGGGUCUGACGCCGAGCUCACUAGCACCAAAUAUCGAAUUGUUGGUGGAGCGACCAUCACCAAAGUCAACCCCUCAUACGCGAUAAUCGAUGAAUCAACCUUCACUGCCGGUCCUGGUGCCAAGAGCACAACAAAAGUGGCCGGUGGCGAAACCAUCACGAUCGGGCCCAGCGGUAUCAUCAUUGGCACAAUAACAAUAAAGUACCCCUUCGGGGCUUCAACUGUAACCACCAUCGAGGCGAAAGCAACAGCGUCUGACGAAUUACCUGUUGCAACAGGAACCAGCAACAACAAUGCCAAGGAGGAUGGAAAGAGGAUGAAAGAGGAUGACAGCGGUACAAUUUUACAACGGCCAGGUUUGGCAACGGGAAUGACUGGGUUAUGCAUAGCGUUCGGCGUUUGGAUUCUGUUUUGA